AUGGAAGGUCCCGCUCACCAAGGAUUCUCCGUCGAGGACAUUCCCACAAAGUCCGUUGCCUUUCAUCCUACUCUAGCAAGCAUCACGCACGAGUUUCCUGUCCGUGUCCAGCCCGGUGCGUUCGCGAUCACCAUCAACAAGAUCGACCACCAGGUCGAUCCCGAGUCCAUCCGUGUUGAAAGUCUCGGCCCCGCCAGAGUAAUCGACAUCCAGCAUGCAAACGUUCUCCGAUACUCGUCCACUUGCAAACCAAUCUCUGACAGAAGAGUCUUUGACCCAGUCAGAGACCCUGACAAUAGGAAAGACACCAUCUACAAACCCUAUGAAGGUCUAUACGCCGGAUGCGGUAUUCUUAAAGGCUACUCUAGGAACGAUUCUCUCAGUCGAGAGAGGCAGCCUAUGGGUUAUGAUGGAGCUGGUGCGCAAGAUACUUAUCGGGGGGAGUACGGACCAGCGCUCUACGAAGGGGCGAAUCCGAGUAUGUUGGAAGAACAGAAUCAGAGACCUGCCUCGGAAAAGCCGGCCUUAGACCAUUACUGCCAGGUAGUUGUGCACGUGGAAGGGCAAGUGACUGCUCCUGCGCCUACGUCGAGCCCUGGAACUCUACCUGGUGAUAAGGAGAACCAAGCGGGAGGAAAGACUCAGAGCAAUGAAGUGAUGUUGCACUUGAUCUAUACGGUUCCGGCGAAGUCAGAACUCAAGCUUCACGACCUCAACAUCAAUACGCUCUUCUCAACGGCUAAGAUGAAACUCUGUGCCCUGUUCACUAACAUGAGUUCCGAAACCUGGCGAGAUGCCCAGGUAACGCUGUCGGCCCCGCAAGCGCACAUGUCGCCUCCGGGGCAAGCCAUCCCAUCAUUGACACCAUGGGAGCUGGCAGUCAUGCUGACUAAAUCCGGGUUGUCUGUGCCCCCUUCUAUGCCAACACUGGGGAUAUCAGAACCGACAUUCCCCUCCCCUGGUUAUCCUGAGUUGGAAAGAUUUUUCUUUGACAUUUACAGCUGA